AUGAGAGCUCUAGGUGGCCGCCGUCUCUGGCCACAUUUGCUUCUCGCUAUGGCUUUAGCGACGCUUUUAAAUACUUCUGUUUCUGCUGACCCUUACGUCUAUGCUUCUCCACCUCCUCCUUACGAAUACAAGUUGCCUCCUCCGCCUUCCCCAUCACCCCCCACUCCCUAUGUAUACACUUCACCUCCUCCUCCGUCACCAUCUCCACCACCACCUUAUUAUUAUAAAUCUCCCCCACCACUAUCUACGUCUCCUCCUCCACCCUACUACUACAAGUCUCCCCCACCGCCUUCGCCUUCCCCUCCUCCACCAUACUACUACAAAUCUCCCCCUCUUCCAUCUCCAUCUCCACCUCCACCAUACUAUUAUAAAUCUCCCCCACCACCAUCUCCAUCUCCUCCUCCCCAUUACUAUUAUAAAUCUCCCCCACCACCACCACCAUCUCCAUCUCCUCCUCCCCCAUACUACUACAAGUCCCCUCCUCCUCCGUCACCAUCUCCUCCUCCACCUUACUAUUACAAGUCCCCACCGCCGCCAUCACCAUCUCCUCCUCCACCAUAUUACUACAAGUCGCCACCUCCACCUUCUCCAUCUCCACCUCCUCCAUACUACUAUAAAUCUCCACCACCUCCUUCACCAUCUCCGCCUCCUCUAUAUUACUACAAGUCUCCUCCCCCUCCAUUGCUUUCUCCACCUCCACCAUACUACUAUAAAUCACCACCACCUCCAUUACCAUCCCCUCCACCACCAUAUUACUACAAAUCCCCGCCUCCUCCAUCUAAAUCUCCUCCUUCUUACUAUAACAAGCCUCCACCACCCACUUUUUACUAUCCUCCUCACUCUUACCGUCCUUUGGUUGUAAAAGUUGUUGGAAAAGUUUACUGCUAUAAAUGCUAUGAUUGGACAUACCCAAAAAAAUCUCAUGACAAGAAACAUCUCAAAGGUGCUAUAGUGGAAUUAACAUGUACAGCUGGUAAAAAAGAAAUUUUGGCCUAUGGUACAACUAAGAUAAAUGGCAAGUUUGCGGUCACUCUUGAUGGCUUUGAUUACAAGAAAUAUGGAGUUGAGGCAUGCAAAGCCAAGCUCCAUGCACCACCUAAAGGUUCGACAUGCAACAUCCCGACAAACCUCCAUUGGGGAAUUACAGGUGCCAAGUUAAAGGUGAAGUACAAGACUGAAUAUGAAGUUGUGCUCUCUGCCGAGCCUUUCGCCUAUGCCCCAAAGGCUCCUUCGAAAGAGUGUGAGAAGCCUAAGCCAAAGCCUACUCCUUCACCAUAUUAUUACAAAUCGCCUCCUCCCCCAGUCUACUACUAUAAAUCACCACCACCUCCUCCAACUUAUGCAUAUAAAUCACCACCACCUCCUCCAAGUUAUGCAUAUAAAUCACCACCACCUCCACCAUACUACUACAAAUCUCCUCCACCACCAUCGCCAUCACCUCCACCACCUUACUACUAUAAGUCUCCGCCACCACCAUCCCCAUCACCUCCACCACCAUACUACUAUAAGUCUCCACCACCACCAACGCCAUCACCUCCACCACCUUAUUACUAUAAGUCUCCCCCACCACCAUCGCCAUCACCUCCACCACCAUACUACUAUAAGUCUCCACCACCACCACCACCAUCGCCAUCACCUCCACCACCUUACUACUAUAAGUCUCCCCUACCACCAUCACCAUCACCUCCACCACCAUACUACUAUAAGUCUCCCCCACCGCCAUCUCCAUCACCUCCCCCACCUUACUACUAUAAAUCUCCCCCACCGCCUUCACCAUCUCCUCCACCACCAUACUACUACAAGUCUCCACCACCACCAUUGUCAUCUCCUCCUCCACCGUACUACUAUAAAUCUCCCCCACCACCUUCGCCAUCUCCUCCAUCACCAUACUACUACAAAUCUCCACCACCACCAUCGUCAUCUCCUCUUCCACCAUACAUCUACAUGUCUCCACCACCACCUUCACCAUCUCCUCCACCACCUUACUAUUACAAGUCACCUCCUCCACCCUCUCCGUCUCCUCCCCCACCUUACUAUUACAAAUCGCCUCCUCCACCAUCUCCAUCUCCACCACCGCCUUACUACUACAAGUCUCCACCACCACCAUCCCCCUCUCCUCCACUACCUUACUUUUACAAAUCUCCCCCACCACCAUCCCCAUCUCCACCCCCACCAUACUACUACAAAUCUCCUCCACCACCAUCCCCAUAUCCUCCACCACCAUACUACUACAAUUCUCCACCACCACCAUCACCGUCUCCUCCACCCCCUUACUACUACAGGUCUCCACCUCCUCCAUCACCAUCACCACCUCCAUCAUAUUACUAUUCAUCUCCACCACCACCAAUUCAUUACUAAGUGUAGAUAGUUUCC